AUGGCGACAACCGGCGCCGACGUUUCUGGGCAACCAACUAACGAACAAAAUGUCCUCCCUCCGAGCAAUCUUCGAACCAAGAGCACACAGUCUAUACCGCCUCCUGGCCAGACCUUGACGGGAAAGCAAGAGCACUAUCUCAAACGAGAGCUCAUCUCUGAACAAGCAAACUGGGAGAUUUCCGAGCUAAACUCGCCAACCGCCCUGCGCAGAUUCGGUGCGCCGUUCAGGUCUGACUUUGGUGAAGUCUCGCCUCUGGAUUCCGAACUACCUAUCCUACGAUACAUCUUCGUACAUCAUGUCCGCGAAUUUCCCUUCUUGGACAAGGCCAAGGAAAAGGAGUUCUGGCAGGACAAGCUGCAAGUGUUCCUCGAAUCUUUCGCAAGCAAGAGCAUAUCCUCGUCAGAAGAUCGACUAGAAGAAACCAAGAGGCGCAAGCUGGCCAUAAAAUGCCGGAAGAUGGUCGAGCUCAUGAUGGUCUCCGGUAUCAGGACAGCCUCCGGAUACGAAGAGCGCAUAAGAUUCGCCGAACUUGAGGUUGUCGAUGCCAGUGCGAUUGAUACUGGCCUGCUCAAUACUCUGCCUGAGGGCAACUACGUCAAUGGCUGGGACGUCAACGUCGCUGGUGUCAGGUUAACGUCUGUUAAGAAAAGGAUACGAUCACACAAGCAUGCGGAGUUCUUGUUGCGCAUCAAGAGGAAAGGAGACCUUGAGUACUUCCUUGGUCGCCGGUAUGGUGACUUUGCCCGGCUACACAAACAAUUACGGAUCGAACUUCCGGGCAAAGUUCUCCCACCCUUGCCCAAGAAGAACAAGUCAAACACCACUGCAACCGGGCUAUUUUCGCGUGGUGGCGAUGGUGACGAGUCAGAUGCAUCUUCGGUCAGUAGCAUGUCUACCAUGCCUCCGGCUGCGUCAGCAGAAACGGGGGGCUUGAGGGAGUCCAUGAAGAAUUUGACAGUCAGGGGCCAUCGUCGGGAUCUGUCAACAGCAUCCUCGAGGAACGCCUCUCCCCGCCCCAGCUCGGAUGGACUGAAGAGCCCAGUCCCGCCGAGUCCGCGGCUUGACACCACACUGCUGUGGCGUGAAAGCCAGCGAAUUUCCCUCAGAGCAUUCCUUCGCUACUUGUUACACAAUCCUCAGAUUGCGCAGACUAAAGCAAUGCAAGAGUUCUUGACUCAAGAUCCCAUAACGCCAACCGACGACGACGUCGAGGACAUAAUGCGCCGCAAAGCUGUUGAUGAAAAGCGCAUAGAGGAACAGAAGCAAUUCUAUGAAAUCGCCAGGAAACGAGCCGCAGAACUGGACAUUUAUAUGGAACAGUUCAGACAGGAUAUCGUGGAACGCCAUGGUCUUACGAAGCUGUUUCAGGAGAUCAAGGAGAAGGAGACGAUUCAGGACCUGAGUGUGCAAUACCAGAAAUUCGCCGAAUGGUUACGCAUCGAGGUUGCUGCAACCGUCUACCAUUUAUUCCUGGCCGAAGACAACUCACCUGAGCUGUUCGCGCAAGCCAAGAGGAUUCACUCUCUCAUUCCUUACACUGUGUUGAAGAAUGUCAUUCGUCUAGCCAACCCAGCUGCAGUCAUGUCCGGCGUUCUCGACUUGUUCCUGGCGCAGCCUUUCGGAUCCCGCUCGCUCAUGCAGAGGGUAUUUUCCGCUACGCUCAACGACGGUAUCCGCACCUUCCAGAAGAACAUUGACGCAGUAUCCUCUAAGAUUGGAGACGAAGUCUUUGUAAACAAGUUGCAAGCGUUCGUCGACUCGGAUGAACACGUCAAGGUGGCCAUUCGGGAAGAGGCCGUUGCUGAUGAUAUCGACAUCAUUGUGUCUAUUCUACGCUCCGACUUGAUAGAGCCACCACUGGUGUCUGGCCAGGUACAGCGACUCUACAAUGCUUACGUCGCAUUCAACAAUGCGGUGGAAAACGUCGACGAAGAGUUCAAGCAAGGAGCUCAGCUAUUUUCUUACCUGAAGCAAUUGCUGAAGUUGCUGAUAAGACAGCGGGACAAGCAGAUGAUGUUGCAAAUGAUCGAGGAGCCUGUAACUUUGCAGCUGCUGAGGGAUCUUUUCACCAUCUUCUACGAGCCGCUUGUGCGAGUCUACAAGUCUGCCAACAUCUACAGCAGUAUUACUGACUUUUCCGUCUUCAUCGACGAUAUGAUUCAGGUUGUGGAGAAAUGCCGGGAGGAGGACGCUUCGGCAGAUCCCAACCAGACAGUGCAAGCAUUCAUUGAUCUCUGCGCGCGCCACGAGCACAACUUCUACAAGUUUGUGCAUGAGGUGCACACCCAUGACAACGGCCUUUUCACGCAGCUCAUGGGUUGGGUCGAAGGUAUUUUAGACUUCCUACGCCAAGGACCUGCUGCUGGUGCACUCGACAUCAAUGCAUUGUUCGAGGGCGGCGUUGGUGCGGGAGCUCUGGACAAGGAGAUAGCGAUUCGAGAGAUCAACCAGCUCAUCUCGUGGCAAGAAGCACGCAAGAAGUGGCAUCAAGACAAGACGAGACAGAAGAUGGCGGCGGAAGGCAGCGCUGGUGUGGAUAACCCGCUGCCCGGCGUGUCGGGUUUCAAGAGCAGCGACUUUGGCUUCAACGACAUGGACUUUCAGGACAUGGCGUAUGACGACGAGGAGGAAGAGGAGGAAGAGGAGGAGAUCGAGGACGAGCUCGACCCUAUUGAAGCUGAGCGGCGCAGGAGGGCCAAGCGGCAAGACCGUCUCCGGCGCAAUGCGGGCGAGCCUGUCAAACCGGUCGUGACAGAAGUACAUAAGCUGAAGGACAACUUCCUGGAGAUGUUGAGGCAGGUUCUGGCAAAUUAG